AACAAAAUCGCCCCACAGUCAGCUGCAUUUUUACGUGCGAGGCUACAUUUAGCCUUACCUUCGGAUUUCUCCCUCUCCGCUUGCGCAAUGUAUUCAUGAAGAAGCCGUUAAAGUGUUUAAAUGUUGAAAUACAAAAACCGCCGAAUUUCAACAUGCUGAAAAAGGACUCCGCUACUCGUGUGCACGGCACUGGUGUGUCUGUGCAAUAGACUCUGCAAAGAAAAACUACUCAUACACGUCUGCAAGUUCGUCGCUGCAAAAAGGACACUGAAAACCUCAUUUUUCAGUUUCAAGACAAACGCUUAAAAAAUCAAACUGGCUCACGUCCUUCCCAACCAACCCAGUUUGACAGCUGCUCUUCACCCCAUUUGGAGGACUGUCAGCAGCAAGAGGAUGGCAUCAGAACUGGCAAUGAGCAACUCCGACCUGCCCACCAGUCCCCUGGCCAUGGAAUAUGUUAAUGACUUCGAUCUGAUGAAGUUUGAAGUGAAAAAGGAGCCGGUGGAGCCCGAUCGCAACAUCAGCCAGUGCAGUCGCCUUAUCGCCGGGGGAUCCUUGUCUUCCACCCCGAUGAGCACGCCUUGCAGCUCGGUGCCCCCUUCCCCAAGCUUCUCGGCGCCCAGUCCGGGCUCGGGGAGCGAGCAGAAGGCACACUUGGAGGAUUUCUACUGGAUGUCCGGCUACCAACAGCAGUUGAAUCCAGAGGCGCUGGGCUUCAGCCCCGAAGACGCAGUCGAGGCGCUGAUCAACAGCAGUCACCAGCUCCAGUCUUUCGAUGGCUAUGCCAGAGGGCAGCAGUUCGCUGGCGCAGCCGGAGCAGGAGGCACCAUGGCCGGGGAAGAGAUGGGGUCUGCCGCGGCCGUGGUGUCGGCAGUUAUCGCUGCCGCAGCAAGCCCAGAACGGGGGGCCACACCACACCACCAUCACCACCACAGCAGCAGCCACCACCAGGCACCGGGCGUGCAGUCCAACGGCAGUUCUGGGGGAAAUCACCCACACAUGCAUUUGGAGGAACGGUUUUCAGACGAGCAGCUGGUAACCAUGUCAGUGCGGGAGCUCAACCGGCAGCUACGGGGGGUCAGCAAGGAAGAAGUGAUCAGACUGAAACAGAAGAGGAGGACCCUAAAGAACAGAGGCUAUGCUCAGUCCUGCCGGUACAAGCGGGUCCAGCAGCGGCACGUCCUGGAGGGAGAGAAGACGCAACUCAUCCAGCAGGUUGACCACCUAAAGCAGGAGAUCUCCAGGCUGGUCCGGGAGAGGGACGCGUACAAAGAAAAGUAUGAGAAGCUCAUCAGCAAUGGCUUCAGAGAAAAUGGAUCCAGCAGUGACAACAACCCUUCAUCCCCGGAGUUUUUCAUGUGAGUCUCGACAUUAUCGUGAAAAAAAGAAAUAUGAGUUACUCACCCCCCUAAAGAAAGUUUUCAUUAUGAAACAUUUUUUUUUCUUUUGGCUCAUAUGCCUUACUAGACCAAGAACUAAUUUGACAACUUUUUUUCUUUUUCUUUCUUUCUUUUUUCUUUUUUUUUAAUUUUAUACUUUUUGAGAACAAGGGUUUGCGCAAGUCUGUCGUCUGUUUUUAGAUUUCGAGGGCUUGUCAUCCCCGUUUUUCAUUUUGCAGAGGCAUAUUCUGAAAACUUUCAUCUACUUUUUGCUACCAUAUUCAAUAUAUUAUACAUAGCCUGUUUGUCAAGAUUUUUUCAUCGUUGUUCAUUAGAUUUGCAGUGUUUAAGUAAACUAUGAUUUUUAAAAGUUGAUACAACUUUAUGCCGCAGUAUACCAAGUGCGCAUGCAAGCACUAAGUAUACUCCUUUGAAAUUCAUCAACUUGCCCUUUUUCAUCAUUUUACUUUAAAUUCAGUGUACAGAUACCUGUCAAAACUGCAUCCAUCGACAAUAUGUUUUUGGUCUUUUCCCUUUUCUUUUUGUCUGCCAAACUUGGAGGACUGCGAGCCUGCCGUUUGACGCCACCUCAUCUCAUGCGUUUGCUUGCUAUUGUGUUGAGCAACAAAAAGACUGUAUUCAUUAGAAAUAAUAUUCAUUGUUUUUAAAAGAGAUAUGUUAUUGAACUGCCCUGCAUGCUGGACAUGUAUGGUUUUCUUUUUUUGUGCUUGAAGAUGUCCUUUUUGUCGGAUGACUCCAGCAUGGCAUUCAUACUUCAUUUAUGGCCUCAUCACUUUUUUGGGACAGCAACAAAAAAGUGACAGGACUUCCCACCCCUUGUAAUCUAUACAAGUGCAUUUCAACUGUGUUGAAGUGCACCACCACCGGCUGUCAUUAGGCUACACUGAAUGCACUAAUGCAUUCCUGAUGGAAGUUGAUCGGCGGGGAUCCUGGUGCGAGGGGCAAGAAAAGACCUCAACUAUUACGGAAUCACCAAUCCCUUUCCUGGAAGCUUAGUCUGUUGCUUAAAGCGUAGCCUACUGUUUAUUUAAAAUAUACUCCAGACCUGUGCAUUUGACAACUUCUGAAUGCAUUUUAAGCGUAAUUUAAGUGCAAAGUUUUCUAAUCUGUAAGUUGUGAAAGAUAACGUGCUACAGAUUGAUCUUUAUAUGCAUAUAGAUUUCUAGGAUAAUUAUUGAGAUUCCAACACAAAAGUGGUUUCUGGCAUUGGUUUCGAGAAAUGGGCACGGCUCCAAUUUAUACAAUGAGCAGUAUUGUGUAGUGCAUAAACAGGGCUUUUGCAGCAUGUGCUUCAAACACAAGUUUGACAGCUAUAGGCUGUUGGUCUUCGCCAAACAUUUCAAUAUAAUAUUUCAAAACAAAGUAUUACUGGAGAUGAAAAUUCUCACAGCUGAAAUCAAACUAAAUGGCCAUGCUUUUGGAAAUGUAUUUCUUGAACCAACAGAGGUAUUUUGGACUGAAAUGCACUAAAAUUCUCGCCUGUAAUCAUGUAGAAGUUAAUGAAAAUUUAUAUUGUGUACAACUCAAGCAGACACGUUUGGCAUUUUGUUACGACGUAAUCGUAACAUUUUGAUAUUUUUUUAUUAUAAAUUCUGGCAAGACUAGAUUGUUUUGUCUCAAAUGAGCUCAAUAUUUGCAAAGCAAUAACAAUAUUAUAAUCAAUAAUGUCUGGACAUUGUUAGAUGGUCAGGGAUUGACACCCUGCUUGUACAAAAUGAGGGAGUAUCAUUCACCAAUAAAUCUUUAAAAUAUGUUAAUUAAUCUUUCAUCUCAUAUAAAUAUAUAUAUAUAUAUAUAUAUAUUAUAUUUUGCUGUGCAAAAUUAUUUCAUUCACUAACCAUAUGUGAUGUUCAUAUGUGCUCGUU